AUGGAAUACGACGAGGUACUACAGGAUAUUUUCUACAUCCCAAGGAUAUUGGGUACCUUUCCAUUCGACAGCCAGUUCAGGAUCUCUAAGAAUUUGAUGGCCUAUUGCUGUUUGGUGCGAGUCCUUUCAGCCUUCGGGGUGGUUGUGAAUUACUCAUACGGAUCCACGUCAUUUCCUGAAGAAGAACGCACGUUAAGUUUUGCACUUAAGUCUAUAACGGUGAUUUCAGUUUUUGGUGACUUCUUUUUCACUCUGGUUUGGUGGUUUGUAAAACGCCAAAGAAUAUCGUUUCUCAUGGAGUCAAUUAAUGAUAUACAGAGAAGGAAAAAAAUAACUUUGGAGAGGCAGCGUAUAAGAUUCAUUCACUAUCUUCUGUUUUUUACGUCUAUCACUAGCAUCUCCUGUUAUUACACCUACAAUAAGAAGGAGAAUUUCGUUGAUAUUCUCAAGGAGAUCAGUUUAUUUCUUAAUGCUUGUACGACUGUGUGCUUCUUGGGCCAGUUUUGGGAUAUUCUUCAUCUGCUGGGGCACUUGUUCCGAGAGAGUACUCAACUUUAUGACGAGAGUUCCGUCCUCAGCUACGAAAGGUUUCUCACUCUGACCGAAAUGGUGAACGAGAUAUAUGGAUCACUGGUACUCUUCACUAUAACAGAAUACUUCUUAGAGAUCAUGAUUUCCGCUGCGACUACUUAUCUUGUGAUCGUCCUCCAAUACAGUUCUGACAACCACCGCACAACAAACUCAACAACAGUUUCACCCUAA